ACAGUUGACGAGGCUGCAGGCGCUCGGCGCCGGGCGACGGGCUGUGAGCGGCUCCGCAACUAGCACUGUUCCGACCCUAUGCGGUGACUCGCGCGGCGCAGGCGCCUCCUGCCCCGCCGGCGGGGCCUGGGCUUCCCACAGCGGGAUGUUCUCGCGAAGGAGCCACGGAGAUGUGAAGAAGUCCACCCAGAAGGUGCUCGAUCCAAAGAAGGACGUCCUGACCCGCCUGAAGCACCUGCGGGCGCUGCUGGAUAAUGUGGAUGCAAGUGAUCUUAAGCAGUUUUUUGAGACCAACUAUUCUCAGAUUUAUUUCAUCUUCUAUGAAAAUUUUAUAACACUGGAAAAUAGUUUGAAAUUAAAAGGGAAUAAUAAGUCACAAAGGGAGGAGCUGGACUCUAUCCUCUUUCUUUUUGAAAAAAUACUGCAAUUUCUACCUGAACGGAUUUUCUUUCGAUGGCAUUACCAAAGUAUAGGCUCAACUUUAAAGAAGCUUCUACACACUGGAAAUUCUAUUAAGAUAAGAUGUGAAGGAAUCAGGUUGUUUCUUUUAUGGCUUCAAGCACUUCAGACAAACUGUGCGGAAGAGCAAGUACUGAUUUUCGCUUGCCUCGUGCCUGGUUUCCCAGCGAUCAUGUCUUCCAGAGGGCCCUGUACACUGGAGACACUCCUCAAUCCUAGUCCUAAUGUAGCUGAUGCAAAGAUAUAUCCAGAAGAAAUCACUCCACUCCUGCCAGCCAUAUCAGGUGAAAAGAUUGCUGAGGAUCAAACAUGCUUUUUUCUUCAAAUACUGUUGAAGUAUAUGGUUAUUCAGGCUGCAAGCUUGGAGUGGAAGAAUAAGGAGAAUCAAGAUACUGGUUUUAAAUUUCUUUUUACUUUGUUUCGGAAGUAUUAUCUUCCUCAUUUAUUUCCAUCAUUUACUAAGUUAACAAACAUCUACAAACCUGUACUUGACAUCCCUCAUUUGAGACCAAAGCCAGUGUACGUUACUGUAACUCGGGACAAUGAAAACGCUUAUAGCACCAAAAUUCCAUAUAUGGCAGCUCGUGUUGUUUUUAUUAAGUGGAUUGUAACUUUCUUUUUGGAAAAAAAGUAUCUAACUACAACCCAAAACACUAAAAAUGGAGUUGAUGUAUUGCCCAAAAUCAUCCAGACUGUUGGUGGUGGCGUGGUGCCAGAAAGAGGGCCGGAGUUGGAUGGUGGUGUGCCUGCAGAGCAGGACAGAAACCAUUCUAACAGUAGCACCUUGUCAGACAGAAGAUUCAGUAACGCCAGUCUUUGUAGCAUUGAAGAAGAGCACCGAACGGUGUAUGAAAUGGUACAACAGAUUCUCCUGUCAACGCGAGAUUACGUCAAUUUUGUCAAUGAAGUAUUUCGCCAGGCAUUUUUGCUGCCUUCCUGUGAUAUAGCCGUAACAAGAAAAGUAGUUCAAGUAUACAGAAAGUGGAUCCUUCAGGAGAAACCUGUGUUCAUGGAGGAGCCAGAUAAAAAAGAUAUUGCCCAAGAAGAUGCUGAAAAAUUAGGAUUUUCAGAGACUGCUAGCAAGGAGGCCUGCUCUGAAAGUUCUGGUCAUAAGCGAUCCUCCAGUUGGGGGCGAACAUACUCCUUCACGAGUGCGGUGAGCAGAGGUUGUGUACUGGAAGAGGAAAGUAACGUGAAAGCCGGUGCCCAGGUUAUGCUGCAGGUAUUUUUGACGAACGCUGCAAAUGUCUUUUUGCUGGAACCAUGUGCUGAAGUUCCCAUGCUCUUGAAAGAACAAGUUGAUGCUUGUAAAGCUGUUUUGAUUAUUUUUAGGCGCAUGAUAAUGGAGCUUACAAUGAAUCAAAAGACAUGGGAACAGAUGUUGCAAAUACUACUCAGGAUAACAGAAGCUGUCAUGCAGAAGCCAAAGGAUAAACAAAUAAAGGACUUGUUUGCCCAGAGCUUGUCGGGGCUACUAUUUAGGACGCUCAUCGUGGCUUGGAUCCGAGCAAACCUCUGUGUGUAUAUUUCUCGAGAGCUCUGGGAUGACUUUCUUGGUGUGCUAUCUUCCCUUACGGAAUGGGAGGAGCUCAUAAACGAGUGGGCCAACAUCAUGGACUCCUUAACGGCAGUGCUCGCAAGAACUGUUUAUGGAGUUGAGAUGACAAACCUACCUCUGGAUAAAUUAAGUGAACAAAAGGAAAAGAAGCAAAGAGGCAAAGGCUGUGUUCUAGAUUCUCAGAAAGGAACUGCUGUGGGGAGAUCCUUUUCUCUCAGCUGGCGGAGCCACCCAGAUGCCACUGAGCCAAUGAGAUUUAGGAGUGCCACCACAUCUGGAGCACCGGGGGUUGAGAAAGCAAGAAACGUUGUUCGCCAAAAAGCAACUGUGCCGACAGAAGUGGAAGAGUGUCACCAGUCAGAAAGUGCACCUGGCGUGGAUACUGGUCACCUGGUGGUGGAGCAGCUGCAGCAGCACAUCCCUCGGAGCAGCAGCACAUCAGAUAUCACCGAGCGGCUGUACUCAGAUGUUUCUCAGGGUCAAAAGAUAGAGGAUGCACAGAAUUUGAGUUUUUCAGACUGUAAGCCUGUUCAAGAUAAUAAGGGACAUGUGAAGAAAGAACAUGAAGGAAUAACAAUCUUAGUUCAAAGAAGCAGCAGCCCUGCUGAAUUGGAUUUAAAGGAUGAUUUACGGCAAACGCAAGGAAAACGCAGAGAAAGACAGAAGAGUGAAAGUGUCAGCAGUGACACACCUCUGGGCUAUAACCGUGAGGCAGAGCUGUCCAUGAGUGCCUGGCAGAGCUGUGAAGAGGACCCGGAACUGAACACUCCCGCAGAUGCUGUGGCUGACUCCGAUGCACGCCAUUGGUUGCAGCUGAGUCCCACUGAUGCUUCAAACUUCACAGAUAGCAGUGAAUGCCUUGCUGAUGACUGUAGCAUCAUUGCUGGAGGGAAUCUCACUGGCUGGCACCCAGACUCUGCCGCUGUGCUAUGGCGAAGAGUCUUGGGAAUCCUCGGGGAUGUGAAUAAUAUCCAGUCACCCCAGAUCCAUGCCAAAGUUUUUGGCUAUCUCUAUGAACUCUGGUACAAACUAGCAAAGAUACGGGAUAAUCUAGGCAUAAGCCUGGAUAACCAGUCUUCAUCAUCUCCUCCAGUCUUGAUCCCACCACUCAGAAUCUUUGCAUCAUGGCUAUUUAAGGCGACGACGUUGCCAAAUGAAUACAAGGAAGGCAAACUACAAGCCUACAGACUGAUCUGUGCCAUGAUGACCAGACGCCAGGACGUUCUGCCAAACUCAGAUUUCCUGGUGCAUUUUUACCUGGUGAUGCACCUUGGACUGACCAGCGAGGAUCAGGAUAUCUUAAAUACCAUCGUAAGGCACUGUCCGCCCCGCUUUUUUUCCCUGGGCUUGCCUGGCUUCUCCAUGCUGAUUGGGGACUUCAUCACGGCUGCAGCCAGGGUCCUCAGUACAGACAUGUUGGUGGCCCCUCGUUUGGAAGCCCUCACCAUUCUUGGUUCUCUUGUCUGCUUUCCAAACACCUACCAGGAAAUCCCACUACUGCAGUCAGUGCCAGAAGUUAAUAAGGUUGUCACAGGAACCGAAGACAUCAAGCAUUACCUCAUAACUAUUUUACUGAAGAAUGCCACAGUGGAGCCAGAUGAAUGUGCAAGAUGCCUUGCCAUUUGCUCUCUUGGGGUCUGGAUUUGUGAAGAGCUUGCACAGCGGACAAGCCAUCCGCAGGUGAAAGAGGCCAUCAACGUGAUAGGCGUUACCCUGAAGUUUCCUAACAAAAUCGUGGCCCAAGUAGCUUGUGAUGUUCUUCAGCUGCUGGUUUCCUACUGGGAAAAGCUUCAGAUGUUUGAAACCUCUCUGCCUCGGAAAAUUGCAGAAAUCCUUGUGGCCACAAUUGCUUUUCUUUUACCAAGUGCAGAAUACUCCUCAGUGGAAACAGAUAAGAAGUUUAUUGUUUCUCUGCUCCUCUGCCUGUUGGACUGGUGCAUGGCAUUACCAGUGGCAGCCCUUCUUCACCCAGUGUCAACGGCCCUCCUGGAGGAGCAGCACACGGCCAGAGCCCCCUUGUUGGAUUACAUCUACAGGGUCCUGCACUGCUGUGUUUGUGGCUCAAGCACAUACACCCAACAGAGUCACUACAUAUUGACCCUGGCUGACUUGUCGUCCACGGAUUAUGACCCCUUUUUGCCUCUGGCAAAUGUUAAGAAUUCUGAGCCAGUCCAAUAUCAUUCAUCAGCAGAAUUGGGUAACCUACUUACUGUUGAAGCGGAAAAGAAGAGAAGAAGCUUGGAACUGAUUCCUCUGACUGCUCGGAUGGUGAUGGCCCACCUGGUGAACCACCUCGGACACUACCCCCUCAGUGGGGGCCCUGCCAUGCUGCACAGCCUCGUCAGUGAGAACCACGACAACGCCCACGUGGACUCCUCUGAGCUGUCGUCCGAGGUGUUCAGGAGCCCAAACCUGCAGCUGUUUGUAUUUAAUGACAGCACCCUCAUAUCAUACCUGCAAAUACCCACAGAGAGACCAGCAGGUGGCCCACCGGUGGGCGCCCUCUCUGACGUGAGAGUGAUUGUGAGGGAUAUCUCAGGGAAGUACUCUUGGGAUGGUAAAAUUCUCUAUGGACCUUUGGAAGGCUGCUUCACUCCCAGUGGAAGAAAUUCCUCGUCUCUGAUUUCAGGCUGGCAUCAUCAGACAUUGGGACCUCAGAAAGUCUUUUCUCAAAUUGAAGAAGGAGAAGACGUCCUUGACAAAUUACUUGAAAACAUUGGCCACACAAGUCCUGAGUGCCUUCGGCCAUCACAGCUAAAUCUAAAUGAGCCUUCCCCACCCCCACGUGGAAUGAGCUAUGACCAAGAGAAGGAAAUCACCGAGGUCAUUUUGCGCCAGGACACACAAGAAGAUGAGUAUGUUCAGAGGUCUAACUCUGCCUCUGUGGUGAAAGUCGCCCGUCAGGGUCAGCCCAUGCCGGCAGAGCCUCGAGGACCCUUCUAUUUCUGCAGGUUACUGCUGAACGACUUGGGAAUGAAUUCUUGGGACAGAAGGAAGAACUUUCAUCUGUUGAAGAAAAAUUCAAAAUUAUUAAGAGAGCUAAAAAAUUUGGACUCCCGUCAGUGCCGUGAAACACACAAAAUCGCAGUGUUUUACAUUGCUGAAGGCCAAGAAGACAAGUGUUCCAUCCUCUCCAAUGAAAGAGGGAGCCAAGCAUAUGAAGACUUUGUUGCCGGACUUGGAUGGGAGGUGGAUCUUUCAACCCACUGUGGGUUCAUGGGCGGCCUUCAGCGCAAUGGCAGCACGGGGCAGACCGCCCCCUACUAUGCUACCUCAACCGUGGAAGUGAUUUUCCACGUUUCCACGAGGAUGCCGUCAGACUCAGAUGAUUCACUCACCAAAAAGCUCCGCCACUUGGGGAAUGAUGAGGUCCACAUCGUCUGGUCUGAACACUCCAGGGACUACCGCAGAGGUAUUAUCCCAACCGCAUUUGGAGACGUUUCAAUCAUUAUUUACCCAAUGAAGAAUCACAUGUUCCUCAUCGCCAUAACCAAGAAACCUGAGGUCCCAUUUUUUGGACCUCUGUUUGAUGGAGCCAUCGUGAGCGGGAAGCUGCUGCCAAGCCUUAUCUGCGCCACGUGCAUCAAUGCCAGCAGGGCCGUGAAGGGCCUCAUCCCGCUCUACCAGAGCUUCUACGAAGAGCGAGCCCUGUACCUGGAAGCAAUAAUUCAGAAUCACCGCGAAGUAAUGACGUUUGAGGAUUUCGCAGCCCAAGUAUUUUCUCCCUCUUCCAGCUACUCCCUCAGUGGAACGGAUUAAAAUACGGAAAGGUCUCCUUACAAUAUUUGAGAAAGGUUUAUGUUUGUGCGGUAUAGACCUUGGUGUGUAAUCCACCUUUGCUGGCACAUGUGUCAGCCAGGACCAUGCUGUGACGGAGGCAUGCCAGCAGACAAGCACACAGAACUUCGAUGACCACCACUUGACUCUCCUCUCUUUAAUUCUGAUUUACAGUGAUGAUUUAAUAAAGUGGAAACACACCACUUAUGUGCUAUGUAUUUCAUUUGUCUUUAGUUUGGUUGGAAAAUCAAGUUUUUCUUGGGGUCUAAUAAAAAGUGGUUUGCAUUUUAGUGGUGAGGUUAUUCAAAAGCAGUUUUCUAACCAAUGCCUUAAAAAUGUAUCCAAAAUGGUAGCCAGCACCAAUCCAGGGAAAUUUACAAAUGUGUUUGUCUAAAAUUGACCUCUCAGUUCAUAACAUGGAGUGGUAAGAUUCAGUCACCAGAGGAUUUGAGUUCAGGCAUCAUUGUCUACAUAGAUUGAAGUCCAUCUACCUGCUGCUGUGAUUUGUAUCAAGGCCCACAAUGAGCUGUGCAGAUCCUGCACCUGGCAUAUUCCCAAAGACCUGGAACCCUCCCUAUGAGCAAGGGGCUGAUCUGGAAGGAGUGUCUUUGUGAAUAAGGGUUAGAGAGAGGUGUACCAAUGACCUCCUGUUGGUGUGGCUGACCGUGGUUGGUGGCCUGGACUCAGGAAUGGCAGCUAUCACCUUCUGAUGACCUGGGCAGGUGGCCUCUGCCAUGCUCUGGGCAGCCCUGAGCUUUCAGGACAUGUGAGCAUCAAGCUUUGUAAAAAUCAUCCAUGUGUCCAUUUAGCAAACAUUUGCUGAGGACCCAUUACAAAACAUUUCAGUGACCUCAGAAAGGAUGGCUUCCUGUCACUCAAGUAGUAGAGCCUGAGUCAAUUUGGCUUCUUUAGCUUUUGUGUGAUAGCAGGAGCUUGCUCAAAGGUAUGGCAUGUUUUAAUGCUUGGUUUCACAUAGAAUGAAGCUUGACUUGGAGUUUUGGAGGCUUUCUUGCCUAGAAGCAGUGGUUCCAAGCCUUGUAGCACAUCAGAAUAUUUAGGAAGCUUUGUAAAAUGCAGAUUCCUGCCUUCUCCCCUCCAGAUUCAGAUUCACCAGGUCUAUGGUGGACCUCAGCAUAUGUAUUUCUUAAAGCUACCCGGAAGAUCCUGGCAGGUAGCUAUACCCUGGGGUGGAGGAAGUAUCAGAUCAGACUGCGUGUAGAGCAGCCGGCUCCUCCACAACUGUUCGUUGUCAUUGUGCUCCAGCCGGUCGCUGCUGAUCCAGCUUUGUAGAUGGCCUCCAUUCCCUCCGGAUAAUUUAUGGACCCUUGUUAAAUUUGGAAAUGGUUAUUAGAAAUUCAAAAGAUAUUGUGACGAAUGUCUCAAAGUAAUUUAUUAUUUACAACAUAAAGCUAGAAGGGGGGGACAGCGGUCACCUUUGCAAAGCGUGAGUCAAAUCUUAGGCCACAUCAUGCAAGGCCUUCAGCACAGUUCCAACUGCCAGUGGUUCCGAAGGGCCAUUGCCGCAGAUAAUGCUCUCCUGGGCCUUAGUUGACUGGCUUCUGCCAGGUGCCUGAAGUUAAAGAAAGAAUACCCUUGAGGUGCUUCCAGGCCAUGAUAUAAUUCUCUAAGUGUUCCAGGAAAAAUGCUGGGGUUAUUUGUGUUUCCUGCAGUAAAGAGUAUCUCCCAGCAAUAAGACUUGGACAUCUGUAUUUGUUCACUUCUAUACACAUUUGAGCUAGCAUUGUAGGCCUGUGUGUGUGCACAAAGUAAAUCAAGGCCACUUUGAUUUAUUGAACAGCUUGUCAAUGAGAACUAUUAUCAUUUACUCUUCCUUCUAUAAAUGGAAAUGCAUUUCAUUUUUCAAAUAAAAAAUUAAAGUCAUGGGAAUGGAACAGAAUGUAAACUUUAUCCCG